GAUUCACUGAUCAAUCAAUCAGUCCUGAAAUCCUUAAUUUUUUAUGGUGUGCUGGUGGAACACCAUUGUCUGUAAAAGUCAUACGCACACACACGUUAGCAAAGAUGUCAUGGGCCAAACUAAAACCUGAAAAGGAUGCUGUACGUCAAAUAAAUUGUCCUAUAGAGGGUAAAAGGUGAUGGAACGUCAUGAUUGUCAGCAGAGUCCUGCUUGUGAUCACAUGACCUCCACUGAUUAGACUGUGGCUUCAAAUGAUGUCAUCAGCACGAGAUGGCAGCGCUCGUAUUCAGCAUAUUGUGAGUUCAUCGUGUGACUUGUGACCUCCUUUUUUUCAAACUUUUGCAAAUGCCAAAAGCGACUUAAAAGAGAACCUUUGCAUGUUGACAGCUCCAAAUAUCAGUGGGAGGUUAAAUAUUAUGAAUUUUAAAGCUACAAAGUAUGCAGCAAUUUAAAACUGCACUAGAGAUGAUUUAUUCAUUUAGUGUCAUGUUUUAAAAGUUGUUUCAUCUGGUUAUUGGUAUGCAGUGGAAUGUCAGUGAUUGACCAGGCAGAUUAUGUGAACAUGUCAUGAAUACAUUACUUGCUUAAGUGAUUUAAUUAGACUGCAUUGGCAUCAUUAGCCAGGACAGGUUCAACCAGACAAACCCGAUCGAUAUGUCGAAAUAACAGACAUGAAGAGUAUCACAAACCAAGAAUAAUGUGCCCUUUUAGUGUUUUAGCACAUUCAACCCUACAGAGAGGUGUAAUAAUGAUCAAAACAAAAACAUUACGAUUCACUGCCUCUAACAUCCAAAUAUACUCAUUAUUUAUCCACGAAAGAUAAAAGAUCUAACAGUGGUGACUUGAGAUUUCACGUGGAUGAACGCUUCUUGCUCUGAUUGUUUCUUCACAUCUUGGAUCUCGCUCACCCUUUGAUUCACUUCCUGCAGCUUGAGAAGAGUCUUUUCCUGACGCUACCACUUUAUGUGAGCAAAAUCGGUGGCUCUAUUGGGUGUCAAUUAAGGCCGAUGAGACACUCUUCUGUUUUGUCAUUUAGACCGAUAAGAGGAAAAUGUGACGCUUUACAAAACAGCGACUUCAAAUUGUCUUAGUUUUAUACCAAAUCUGCUAAAUGAGAACACGACUAUGGGUUAUUUAAUGUUGUUGCUAGAAGUGUAUGCAGUUGUUAAGUAGUCUGUCGAGAGCGUUUGUCUCAUUCACUGAACCACAUGCUGAGCAACACGUGGCAGGAAACCACUGGUGUCACUUUCUUGUGGUGAUGUGUAAUUACCUUUUCCGUAGACUGCCACCCGCGAUCCUGAUCCGGAUUCUGUCAUACCUGGAUGCCUCCACGCUUCUCAGCAUCAGCCACGUCAGUAAACUCCUCUAUCAGCUCGCCAAUGAUAAUGUUCUGUGGAACAAGAUAUACAUAGCAGAGUUUGGCAGAAAUGAGAAGCUGAAACCUCAGCGUAUGGACGAGCUGCUUCUGAAGAUGGCCACAGCGGAGGUGAAGGAUCACGCUGUGGGCUACUGGAAGCGGCUGUACUUCAGGACUGCAGCCGAAUGUGACAUGAACAAGUGGAAAAGACAUCUUGGACUCAUCAGUUGUCACACUGGGCUGCCCAGCCAAACUGAGCGGGUCCUUAGAAACUUGCAUGUCACUUGGGAGUUGACGGUCUCUGAUAGGUCAGGGCAUGAGAACACACAUGAGCUGAGCUGGGCCCGGUUCUCCGAGUCAUGUGUGACUCUGUGCUGGACCGGAGGAGGCUGCUUGCCCAACUACCAGCGGAUUUCCACCCUUCAAGUCCACGGUGUCAGGAGGAUAGCCCUCAACUGCCCAGGCCUAAAGAAACCUGGCUGGAGGUCCCUCGUGGUGAAGUUGGACAUGCAGACUCUGACUAAAAGUGUGCAGGUCCUUGGCCAGGACAGACUGGUUGAACUGAAGCUGCCACAGCCUGGUGUCAGCAUCGGCGUGUGGAGGGACCAGUGCUCCGUGGCCUUUGUCAUGUUCACCCUCCACUUCCACAGGCUGGUGGAAAGAAGCAUCCAGGGAUCUCCUGUUUGCCCCUACGUGGAACCAACGGUCAGACCCCCUUUUGAUGACAUCGACCCUGAAUACGGUCUCCAUGGUUACCGACUACACCUUGUUCUCCAUGACACUGUAUGCGAAAUCAUGUCUGGAAGCUUCCCCCAGCUCUUCUGCCGGAGAACUCAGAUCUGUGACGGUCUUAUCCAGCUCACUGCCAUUCGCAGGACAGACUUGUCACAGCACACACCUCUGUCAGGCAGCAUCACCCUGCCCUGGAUGUGUGAGGCCCUGCAGGGCGCCGUGAAGAAUUGCUGCAUCAUGAGUAUGACUCUGCUGGAUGAAUUCAAGAAGCCCUUCUGGUCUGUCUGCUCUCCUGUUUCCAUGACGCCGGAGAAGACGUCCACCUCCUAUGACUAUGACGAUUGUGCAAGACCAAAGGUGAGAUCUGCUGAUGAAUGGAAACAUAGCAGAAACAAGGAAAACAUCCAGGAGUUCCAGCUCGGUGCUCUGCGCAGCCCCCAUUACUACCCUGUUCACAACAGACUAUUAAUGAUAAUAUAACAAUGAAGAUGCUCCAGCCCACUGAUAGCUGAAGGCAUUCAGUGCAGUGUUUUUAGUUCACACAUUGCAGUGAAAUUGGAUCAUUCAUUUAUGCUUGUAUAAUUUGCACGCAAAAUUUAAUUUUGAGAGGACAUAACAUGGUUAUGUCUCCCAUAUUGCUUUCCCAUUAUUCUAUUACACCCAAUUUGUGAACACCUAUUCAUUUGGUAGAUAUGACUAAGUUUGUAUUCACAAUAAUGUGAUACUUGUCAGGGCAGCCAUUCAUAAAAUGAAGGUUUCACCUCGAGCCCUGACACUGUUGCGGAUGCUGCAAUGUGUUUGAUAUAUGAUAAUGGCUCCUGGGUUGAUUUUAUUGGGCCUGUCAAGGACUCCUCACAACAUGCUUAGGGCAUAGGUCGAAACCAUAAUUGGAAUUUAGGAAGGUGACAGGCUUGGUGCAAUGCUGACCUUGGACCAGAAUCCUGAUACAUGCAAGAAAGGAGGCUUGGGAUUACAAAGAAGGAGGGUGGCACACCCACACAAUGAAAGAAAAUACAACGUGGCUCUCUGAGAAGGUUGGCACAGUUGGUCAUUUGAACAGUUAAAGAGCAAUCCAAGUGAGUUUCUGUUUGUUUUCUUUAUUCUCCUCCUAUUUUUUAUUUGAAAACGUGAGAUUGUUUUUAAGUAUGUUAAUAUCAGAUAUUAUCUGUUUUUUGUUCAUCUUUUUUGUUGUUGUUCUUUUGUUUUGAUAAUUGGACAGUCUCAGGUAUUUAAAGUGUUACUCCAUUGUGACACGCGACAGGUAUGAUCUUUAAGAUUUUCAUUAUUUUAAUUCUUUUUUCUUCAGUAGCCCUUAAAUGAGUUUACAUUCAGUAUUUGGAUGUCUGCAAAGUAUAUCGGUCAUGUUAGUGGUGGAGUCUGCCAGUUCCCGCGCCGGAUUCAGUUUGUGUUCAGGUGUCCAGGAGAUUCACAGGAAGCAGUUUCUGAAUGUAAUCCAGUGUGAUUGUUUGCCAUUUGAUGUAAUUGAUAUCGGCCUCACUGUUGACCAUGUUUACACCGUAUGAUAGCUGUGUUACAUGCUAUCUAACUGCUAAUGCUAACUGAGUAUUGGUUGUAAUAAUUUCAGGAAAUCUUUGAUCCCAUGGCACAGCAAAAUGGUGACUGAGAUAGAUGAACGACUGAAUCGCAGCUGUGGGUUUUCUGAAUGCAAAAGACAGCCGUUCUGUGAUAUUGAGAGCUGAGAGUGCCAGCUAUGGAUGCAUCUGACUGUGGCAUUGUUUAUGAGAACAAAUGAAAAGCCCCAGUAUCCAGAAAAAUAAAUCACAUACCGAUGGUGCAACUCUCCACAGUAUUGUACGCAGGUGGCUGAAACACGAGAAAUUUAGCAGUACUUUAACCGAGCUGAUGGCACAUUAUCAAGCAGAGAUUAACUCCGCAUGAAAAGACCUUCAAAUUUCAUGCUGUGCAAGACAACUUGGAAACAUUUGCUGCACAAUCUUAUUAACAUUUUUUGAAGACUACGUGGGCUGCUUGUGUACCAGUUUUGUCUGUAAUUUAUGGCCAAUAAAGUUCAGAACAUCUUAGGGAAUUAAUACAAGAGUUAUGUUCUUGUGCUUUCUUGCUGGCCAUAACUGAAAUACUGCAUACUUUGUCAACCUUUUUGGUUUAGCAACAUUACGUUUAUAGCCGAAAUACAAAAAAGAGAGACCUUGUUCAGGCAGUGUAUUUUGGGCUUAAAUCAUCCCACUUUUCUCUUUAAUGAUUCAUCAUUUGUCCUCUUCCAUCAGCUUCACAGCUCUCAGUAAAUGCACAAGGUAAAUGAUGACACACACUUGACAAACAGCCUCUGAUAUUGCAGGAGCACACUUUUAUCAUUUUACAUGACAUCUCACAAAUGCUUUUUGUGUUAUCUGCUGCUACUGCAAAGACAUUUUAUUUUAACCUGUUGUUGCUAAUAGAAUCCAUAAAAGAAUUCCCCUUUGAAAUGUAGAACACACUGCACCUCAGCUUU